UACUUAAUUGUUAAUUGGUAGUUCUCAUAUAAUUUUUUUUGCAGCUAAUUCCGGGUAACUGUUGUUCCUUCCCAAACGGGUAAUUGGUUAUUGUAACCAAUAAAAUGACAGUAAAAACGAGAAGAAUAAUCCAUAUUAAAUUUAAAUUGUUAAUUACUAUGUUCCUGUAUAUAGCAACAACAAAUUGUAUGAGAGUUUUAAUUUUUUUUUUUCACCAAAUACAAAAUACAACAAAACAACAAUCAUCUUGACUUAAAUCAUAGCAUCUAAUAUACCAAUUAACAAUGUCAUCACUUGCUUUCAGAUCAUUAAGAAGCGGUUCUGCUUUAAAGUCUUCUAUUAGAUCUUUAUCUACCACCUCAUCUGUGUUAUCAAGUUAUAAACACCCAGAUUACACCACUUACUUAAAUAAUAAAUCAGAUGAUGCUUCAAGAAACCUUACCUAUUUCAUGGUUGGUUCAAUGGGUUUAUUAUCUGCUGCUGGUGCCAAAUCUACCGUUGAAGCUUUCCUUUCAUCCAUGGCUGCUUCUGCUGAUGUCUUAGCCAUGGCUAAAGUUGAAGUUAAAUUAGGUGCUAUUCCAGAAGGUAAAAACGUCAUUAUUAAAUGGCAAGGUAAACCAGUCUUCAUCAGACAUAGAACUGCUGAUGAAAUUGAAGAAGCCAAUAACGUCAAUAUCAAAACUUUAAGAGAUCCUCAAAAUGAUGCUGAUAGAGUUCAAAAACCAGAAUGGUUAGUCAUGUUGGGUAUUUGUACUCAUUUAGGUUGUGUCCCAAUCGGUGAAGCCGGUGAUUUCGGUGGUUGGUUCUGUCCUUGUCAUGGUUCCCAUUAUGAUAUUUCUGGUAGAAUUAGAAGAGGUCCAGCCCCAUUAAACUUAGAAAUUCCAGCUUAUGAUUUCACUGAUGAUGAAACUUUAUUAGUUGGUUAGAUCUAUAGAACUUUAUUCAAUUUAUCAAAAAAAUCCAAGUUUAUUAUUCAAAUCUCAUGACUCAUUUCAUUACAUAUUCUAACAACCUUUUCCAAUGACAACAACUUACAUUCAAAUCAUUCUCAUAUUCAAUUUCCUUCUUUAACUACUAAAUCAAUCAGUUAUAGAUAAAAUCACUAUUUCUUCUUCACUUUUUUAAAUUUAAGAAAUAAAUAUAAAAAGUAAAAGGAAGAAACUUCUAUUUAUAUAAUACACUUUUUUCAAACUAACCUUUUUAUAUAUUUUUUAAAAAUUAAUAUAUAUAUUAUCGCAUUCUAUUUUUUAUAA